CCGCCCCUGCCCCUAGAUAUUUAACCUUUUGCCCUUUGACGUUUAUGACCAACCCUGGCUCUGUUAUCUCCCGUAAGGAAUGUGGUAAUGCAGUCAUAUGUUGAUAUUUCUCAGUCUAUGACUGGUCAAAUCUGGGUCACAAAUGGUUUAUGGGUGAGAACGCUGGCUUAGAGGCAUACCCUUUAACUGCCAGCACCACCAUUUGGUAGAGCACAUUUUGUGUCUUGAUAGUAGUUGAACUCCAUCUGAUUCAGCCAGCUCUACCCUUUGGUUGACAUGUUAUGCACAAAACAACCUCUAGAUGUCACUGUGGUUCAAACAGAAUGUCCUUCAGCUAGCUUCUUCUGAGAAAGUUGGCAUGCUAAAAAUCACUGCUGAAGAAAUCACUCUUUUUGGUCAACUUUUGUAAGGUAACCAUAUCCUUUUUGACAUAUUUUAGUGGCAGGGCACUGACUGAACAUAAUUAGAUAACUUGAUGCACAAAAAAAGUUUUAAUAAGGGUGUAAUUAUUUUUCUGAAAAUAUGCUCAACCAAUCGGUCGAAUUGGCCUUUUAUGGUAAGCUAACAAUAUGACUUUUUCAGAGUUUCAGAGAUGUUUUCCAAUAAAAUAUGGUAAAUGAAUAGCUAGUCAAAAAAAAAUAAAAAUUGUUUGUGCUUAUUUGUGGCCCAUUUGAUAAGAAAAUGCAAAACAAUAAUUUUUCCAUAGCUUUUUUCUUGGUCCGGCAGUUAAAGGGUUAAGGGUCAGACGCAAGUGAUUCAGUGGGCCCAGCUGUUUAGAUUAUUCUGCCCCAAUAUGUUGAUUUAACUCUCUGUAAACUAGUUAAAAGGUCUAUCGAGAGAGAGGCUGGGCAGAAUUGAUGUGGCAACCCACCCGUGCAGUCAGAACCUCUGGCUGCUGUGACUUGUGAUGUGAAAUUCUCCGGCCGAUACUUGUAAUAAAACACCAGUGUUUGACAUCAAAGCUCCAACUCUCCUCAUGUCUCUGAGUCCUGACUCUCCAUUGCUGCAGAAGUUUCCCUUACAGUGGCCUCCAUUAGUUCUUGGCUCCUUGUGUUCCCUUAUUUUAUGACUGCUUGCAGGCUAAUGACAUGCAUUAUACAUCGUUUCUUCCUGUAACUGUGCUUUAUUGGUUUCCCUUUAAGAGGUUUUGUGGAACACCAUACGUCCACUUACAGUACCUACCCCCCCCCCCCCCUUUCUGCCACCAUCUGCAUUGUUUUCCUGGUCCCUUCCCCUGCUAUUGACACAAUUAUAAUAACUUAUUAUAUUAAUACUUUUUAAUUUGAUACUUGUGUUUAAGUUAUUUUGAUGCUACGAAUACACCAUAACUCGUAACUAGUAACAUAUUUUGCUUCGUUAUUAGAAAGUGGCAUUUUUCUGACAGAAAAAUGCCAACACGUCACAACAAAUAAAUACAAAGAUUAAAGAAAAACAAAGAUGUAGAUUGGUUUGUCCACCAGGCAUGGGUUUGAGGAAUAUUGAUCUCUGUCUUCAUGGUUGUUACAUGAAUCAAAAGUACUGAAGCCUCUGGAACAAAUCAUUUCGCAACCAGUUACAAAUCCAUGUAGGUAAAUUCUUCAUCAUUUUCUCAAUCAGUGAGCUGUAGAGGUGAUUGUAGUAGAUUUUGUAUCCAGGAUGUCUAUUCCACUUAAGAUAAGCUAAGCUAACUGACGACUGGCAGUAACUUCAUAUUUAUUGUGCAGACAAAAAAACAAUGUUGAUAUCUUACACUCUGCAAUAAAAGUAAUUACGAUUAUUUCUUUAAAUGUGGUACUACUCCUUUAAAAAGUAUGUAUUAAAGCAUGCAGUUCAUUCUUGACCCCGUCAAUUCUUUGUGACCAAACAAUUCCAACUGAAUUUGCCUCACAAGCUCUAUCCAGGUCUUAAAACCGCAUCACAUCUCAAUCAGUGGGUGGAGUUUGCUCAGUUGUCAUGGAGAUGGAUCUGUUGACAUGCGAGCUAAGUACUAUCAUCCAGGAUGUAUCCAUCACAAUGUUGUCACCUAACAUAGACAGUGUGAGAGCUUUGAAAUCUGAGCCUUGCCCCCCGGACCCCUUCAGAGCCGGUCCCCGGGGAAACAGAGACUCGUGGGGUGGACGGGCAGCUGAAAACUCAACUCCAAUGUCUGCAGGGGAUCCGAAGAAUGGCCGGGACAAACCAGAAGAUUCACUGCAGGUGGCUCAGAUAUGGCCGGAGGUGGAGCGGGCCGAGUGCCUGGCCCGGGGCGCUGCCCUGAAGUGGGCUUCAGGUGUGUUCUGUCGGCCGGAGCAUCUGGAGCGGCUGAGCCAGUACAGGAAGAGAGAGAGUCAGAGGACUGCCUCCAUACACACCAGACUCAAGUCCAUGGUGCAGUCGUACCUGGAGGGGGUGGGCUGGGGUCUGGAGCAGCUCCGGGGUGCCCGGGGGGAGCUGAAGGAGGUGUCGCAGGCUCUGAAGAGAGCAGGACUGGAGUCUGAUGGAAACACAGCGGGGGUAAAGUCUCUGGAGAGGAUGAGAGAGGUUUCUGUCAGCCACCGUCAGCUCCUCGCUGCUGUCAGCAACCUGCCACGACUAUACUCUGUGCGCAGCAUGGUGAUGGAGACGGAGCGUCUGGUGGAGUCCCGGCGGCUCCUGGAGGCCCACUCCCGGCUGAUGGAUCUGGAGUGCUGGCAGGACGACAUCUUGUGGCAGCUGUAUGGGGCUGCUGGGCCGGCAGGAAGUGCCCUCAGCCCAGAGGAGCAGGAGCUGGUGGGCAGAUACUUCUCUGGAGUCGGGCAGCUGGUGGACGCCCUGGGUAAGGAGCUGUGGGCGGUGGUGAGCAGCGCUCUGGCUCUGGCCCGACAGAACCCAACACCAUUCGUAUCAGCGGUGAGGAUUGUGGAGCGGGAGGAGGCCCUGGACCGAGCUCUACUGGAGGAGAGAGGGGGGGCCAAAGGCCACUCCAGGCCCCUGCCCCCCGGACGACCCCGCUGCUGGAGAGCCAGCUUCUUCCAGGUGCUGGAGGAGGCGGUCUCUGCCAGGUUCCGCAGUGUCUCCUACCUGCACACGCGGGGCCCCGGGCUCGCAGGCCACCUGUCGGCUCUCCAACACGGCAUCAUGGCUGACCUGGCCACAGUGCGCCACCUGCUAGAGCACUGUGUCCCCCCACACUACCAGCUCACAGCAGCCUACCUGAGGGCCAGCCACCACUGCCUACAUGCUCACCUGGCACAGGUUAGCAGCUGGGACCUGGAGAGUGGAGAAAUCUUCGCCGUGCUAAACUGGGUGCUACACACCUACAACAGCCCAGACAUGAUGGGUCAGCCGGAGCUGGAGGCUGAGAUGGAGAAGCUGGAACUGGGACCCCUGAUCUCCACCGAGGGACUGGAGCAGCUGCAGAACAAAUACGUGCAGAGUGUUCGGAAGAGUGUGUCAGAGUGGAUGCACAAAGCUCUGCAGGUGGAGCUGCAGGACUGGCAGAGAGACCAGGAGCCGGACACAGACCAUGAAGGCUUCUACCUCACCAGCCUGCCCACCAUCAUCACACAGAUGCUGGAGGACAACGCCCGGGUGGCUCUGAUGAUCGGGAAGUCUCUCAGAGAUCAGAUGAUUCAGAUGGGCCUGUAUGAGAUGGAGAACCUCCUCAAUAGGUUUCGAGAAGCUCUGGUGGAGUUUGGGAAGGAGCAUCGCAGGGAUCCAAGCAAAGACAAGAACAAGUUCUACCUCCACUACCUGCUGGCCUCCAUCAGCAACUGCAUCAUCCUCAAGAAGUCCACAGUGAGCCUGCAGCAGCAGCAGUCGUCCCGGUCUGCAGGACAGUUCUCUCGGACCCCCCCCAACCCCCUGGCUGCUCUGGACCGGGCGGUGCGGCGGGCCUGUCGCCUGGUGAUGGAUCAGCUGCUGCUGGCUCUGCAGCCCCUCCUCCCCGGCCUGAUGACCCGACACUGGCUGGUCCAGGGAGACCCCACCCCCAAACUCUGCAGCGUCCUGGAGCUUCACCUGGAGCUGUACGGCCAUGUGCGGCCCCCCUGCAGAGAGCGCCUGCAGGAGGAGGCUCAAUGGCUGCUGGUGGUGGAGUACGUGCGGGCUCUGAUGCAGAAGAAGCUGGUGUGUCGCGGCGCUGAGGAGAGGAGGCAGCUGGCCCAGCAGGUGGUGCAGGACAACCAGCAGUUCAGAGAGAUCCUCCACGGCCUGGAAGGAGAAGGGUCAGUACCUGAAGUAAACCCUCUGGCCUUACUACCCGUCCUGGCUGACUUCAUCAGACUGAAAGACCCCAACAUGCUGACUCUGGAGGUCUCUGGACUGGCAGCCAAAUACCCCGACAUCAGUGAAGAGCAUGUGUGUGUGCUGCUGGAUAUCCGUGGUGAUGUCUCCAGGGACGUCAGAGGGGCCGUACUGGACCUGUUGGAGCAGAGCGCCCCCCCUCUGCCUGCAGGUUAUCGGCCCAUCUUCACUGACAUCCUGGUACCUCCCUCCAUCAUGGCCUUCUGUCUGACCACUGCCAAGUGUGCAUGACAUUAACUCAAACUGCCUUACAGACUCAUCAAUACGCUGGGAGAGAUCAUCACUCUCUUCUUUAUUCCCCACUGAAGUGCAGGGAGGGUUCAGGGUCCUACCAGGGGCUACUCUGCAAUAUGUUGAGUGAUGGCAGUGACACAUUUUCUUUUACUUCAUCUACAAUUUACCAAGACUAUAGCUUGUCGUGGUCUUAGUCUGACUUUUCAGAAUCUAUGAGCCACUACAGCUGACUAGAGCGGUGCAGUGGUGAUAUACUUUUGUAGGCCAUCCCGGAAAGUAGCAUCGCAAGGGCUCCCUUGCCAAAAGGCAAUUUGUUUUCUUCAAUGGAUUUAGGGUUAUUCCAGAAAAUACAAUAUUUUGCAAAAACAGGCUAGGCUAUAAACAAACGACUCGACAGUCGCAUGGCUGCACAUCACCACCGCUAAGCUAAAGGUGGCUAAUGCUUGGCGUUAUGACUUUUAUUAGUCUUAUUCAGACAUCCAACGUUUGUCACACAUAUAGAAGCUUCAGACAUUCAUCAGUGGGGUAUUUGCUGACAUAUUUAUGUCGUAAAACAAAAAAACAUGAGCUUGUGUUAACCACAGAUCUUAUUUCAGGCUUCUAACAAAAAACAUUAAAAAAAACGUAAACUUUGAGACGAGAGAACCGGAUGUGCUAAAAUUAUAGUUAAUUUUUGCUCAUUCCUGCACCACUCUAUUGGUUACAAGGUUAAAUAAUAUAUUCUGCUCUUUUGCGAUUUAUGCUACUGAUUUACAGUUUUACAGCAUUUGAACAACAAGCGCAAAAGUUUGGAACUGGUUUAUUUAAUCCUGUUAAAACAUGAUCAGUAAAUGUCUCACAGCUUCAUCACAUGUCUCAGUGUGUGCUAACUUGGCUAAGGCAUGAUGAAGUUAAACAGAUGAUGCAACCUUACAGGCUCAGCUCACUGCAGACACAUUGCAUGGACAGUAUGUUUUAGCUGCAGAUACAUAAGAAAUUGGCAUGGCCACAUAUUACUGCUGAAAGUGUCAUUCAGAAACAUGUUACACUUCCUGAAUCCUCCUGACCAAGAACAGCCAUAGAAGAGAGGAAUCAGCAGCCUGUGAGAUAUUCAGGGUUUACUUGUAUAUCUUUUCCACUGUAAAGGCAGAGACUUCCUGCUGAAGAAAUUGGAGUUUGGCAUCUGGUGUAUUCAGUAAAAAGCCAAACAGUGGUCACAAUAUGAACAACUAAAAAGCAUCUGAGUGAUAGUUUACGUAUGUAACAGAUGAAUGACAUAUGUACGUUAUACGACUGUUAAGAGUAUACAGAAUGUUUUAUCCAAGCAUCAUACCAGUACAGUCUGGAUUUAAACUUUUCGGGGAGACUGCAAACUAAUCCUCCCUGAGGAACUUGGGCUGCUAAUUCAUUACUUUAUCAUCAUCUUUACCAACAGUCUUUCCUGAUAUUGUCUUGUGUAUUGUAUUUGUCCAAUUUUAACUUGUUCAUAUUGGGUUUUUUAUUUCAAUUUUGUAAUGUAUUUAUUGUAUUUAUGUAUUAUUUGUAAGCUGUUCAUUUUGAAUAGUGUUUCCUGUUCAAAAUAUAUUUCCCUUGUUCUGGUAACAGGUAAAAAGCCCGUUGUAAACUCUAUCAGAGAAAAUGCUUCAAUACAUGUUUUUAAUUCAAAGUGUUGUCUUGUAUUAUGAUUAUUAUUAUUACUUUGACAUAAAUCCAGUAGGAAUAUAAA